GUCGCCUUCCCCAGCAUGACCCAUACGAUCUCUUCCACAAAUCAGAGCCUUCAGAUUAAACGAAAAGCUGUUGAAGUCACAAAGGAUAGAAAUGGAACUGAUCAGAUUCUGCUUCAGAAUCCUCGAGGAGCAUCUGCAAGGGUUAGCUUGCAUGGAGGACAGGUUCUUUCAUGGAGGACCGACCGAGGUGAAGAAUUGCUAUUCACAAGUAGCAAGGCAAUUUUAAAGCCACCGUAUGCGGUUCGAGGAGGGAUACCUAUAUGUUUCCCACAGUUUGGUCAGCGAGGAUCACUCGAGCAACACGGGUUUGCCCGGAACAGGACUUGGAUCAUUGAUGAGAAUCCGCCGCCUUUGCAUCCAAAUGACAACAAUGGCAAGGCCUUCAUCGAUUUACUGCUAAAGCCAUUGGAAGAUGAUUUGAAGAUCUGGCCACACAGUUUCGAAUUUCGUCUUCGAGUAUAUUUGACAGCAGAUGGAAAUCUAAGCUUGAUAUCACGCAUCAGGAAUAUCAAUUGCAAGCCUUUUAGUUUCUCAAUUGCUUAUCACACAUAUUUCUCCAUCUCUGAUAUCAGUGAAGUGAGGGUAGAGGGAUUGGAGACUCUUGACUACCUUGACAACCUAUGCCAAAGGGAGCGGUUCACGGAACAAGGAGAUGCAUUAACAUUUGAAUCCGAGGUCGAUAGAGUUUAUCUUGGCUCAAGAGAUGUCAUAGCGAUAUUCGACCACGAAAGAAAACGGGCCUUUUUUAUACGGAAAGAAGGCCUUCCCGACGUUGGGGUCUGGAAUCCAUGGGUGAAGAAAUCCAAAGCCAUAGUUGAUUUUGGGGAUGAGGAAUACAAACAGAUGCUUUGUGUCAAUGGGGCAGCAGUUGAAAAACCAAUAACAUUGAAGACAGGCGAGGAAUGGACCGGCCGUCUGGAGCUCUCUGUUGUCCCUUCAAGUUAAGGACGGCGAAUGAUACAAAUAAAAAAACCCUUGGUUCAACCAGAAGAAAAGAAUCUGGUGCUUUGUAUUCAAUUAUUUAUAUGAUGCUAAGCUAAUAAUAAGAGACCUGAUCCCUGUCUGUGCCUCCCAAGUGAUCAUAGAACUGUAAAUUCCUGGAAGUUAGAGAUCUGUUUGUGUUUGUCCAUAGUAGAACUGUAAAACCCUUGGUUGUUUUUUUAAAAAAACUACAAAAGGUAUGUGUAAUGGACUCUGGUAAUCAAAAUUGACAAUGUUGCAAAAA